AUGGCUACGCCGGCUGCUUUGCCUCCGCUGCCCUUCAACCCUGGCAGGGUCCGAUCCUACCUGGUGCGGUUGCCGCUUUUUACGCGUGUUGUACUUUUGGUAAUUCUCGCAUUCUGGUUGCUAGAACUUCAGAGUAUCUGGAGCGUGGUACCAUGGGGGUCCUUAAUUCCGGAUGAAAUCAACCUUGGGACGAUGUACCGACUCAAUACUUACCCUAUCAUCCAUACUGGUUUCUUCCACGCAGCAUUGAAUGCGCUGGCGCUGACACCACUCUUGGAACGGUUUGAGGCGGAGCAUGGCACACUUACCUCGAUUGCCCUUUUUGUUGGACCGCUUUCUACGUUCCCAGCGGGGUUGUACAUUUUAAUUGAGAAGGUUAUCUUGCACAGCAAUACCCCGGUCGUUGGCGCAAGUGUUUGGGUCUUUUUGCUUUUGGGCUCGGAGGCGAUCCGGACGUACAAGUCUAACCCCUACUUCAGCCUGGGCCCAUACAAGAUUCCCACUUGGACAUCGCCGUUGCUUGCCUGUGCCGUCCUUUCCAUCCUGGUGUCAAGUGUCAGCUUUCUUGGCCAUCUCUGCGCUAUACUCGUGGGGUAUCUAUUUGGACUCGGUUAUCUGAAGAUCUUUGUGCCCCCCGAGAAGGUCCUGCGAUGGAUCGAGGGCAAGUUAAAUCUCCUAGGAAGACUUCCGCACUAUGUGUCCGUCGACCAGAAGACCUACGGCCGAUAUGGCGUUCUGCCCUCGAACAGCGCAGCUGGCAACAACGGAAACCAGGUGCCUAUGAGCUUCCUGGGUUCCAACCAGCGCCUGGGCGCUUGA